UGGUUGGUGGCACCGGGAGCACUAGCUAGUAACAAAAGAAACCAAAUCACUGUGACAAUGAAUUCGAAACCGUGAAAAAAGGAGACAGGAAAACAGAAAUUGAACUUGAACAUUGCAUUACCCUGAUUCCCAGAAUCGACUGACCAAAGUGGAGACCCAGGCAGAGCCAAAGACCGGGAAGAUCAAGGCGGGUCCAGAACGACAAGAGAGCCCAGUUGAACCUGUAGGAUGAUGGACCACAGUGGAGCCGAUGGGCAAACAGACUGCGGUGGAGCCGAGGAAUCAAUGCACCUAGGCCAAGCUGAGGACCAGGGCACUAGGUGAAACCAAUGGAAGGGAGAAGCCGGCAAGCUGGAUGGAACCAGCGAGGAUGACGGGGCUUUGGAUGACUUCCCAUGAUCGGGACACAGGAAGGGGGUAGAAUGGACCUGAUGGCAAUAAAAGAAGAGAAUCAAGAACUGAAAGAAAUCGAAGAGAAAGAUCAAUAUGAGAGACAUGAUUUCUUGGCUGUAGAAAAAUCCACACCGACUGAAACAAAUUCAGUUCAGAAGACCAAACCUCCCAGUUACUUAACUUGCCAUGAAUGUGGAAAAUGUUUCACACUAAAAGGAAACCUUAAAAAACACAUGAAAAUUCACACCGGAGAGAAGCCGUUCACAUGCCAACAGUGCGGAAAGAGUUUCAUUGCAAAAGGAAUACUUAAUGAACACAUGAAAAUUCACACCGGAGAGAAGCCGUUCACUUGCCAUGAAUGUGGAAAGUGUUUCACAUUAAAAGUAAACCUUAAUGAACACAUGAAAAUUCACACUCGAGAGAAGCCGUUCACAUGCCAGCACUGUGGAAAGUGUUUCACACUAAAAGGAAGCCUUAAUGAACAUGUAAUCAUUCACACUGGAGAGAAGCCGUUCAUAUGUGAUCAGUGUGGAAAGUGUUUCACUAAAAAAGGAAAUCUUAAUAAACAUAUAACCAUUCACACUGGAGGGAAACCGUUCACAUGUGAUCACUGUGGAAAGAGUUUCAGAUAUAAAGAAACUCUUAAAUCCCACAUGAGAGUUCACACUGGAGAGAAGCCGUUCACAUGCCAACACUGUGGAAAGAGUUUCACACUAAAAGGAAACGUUAAACAACACAUGAAAAUUCACACCGGAGAGAAGCCGUUCACAUGCCAACACUGCGGAAAGAGUUUCGUUACAAAAGGAAACUUUAAUGAACACAUGAAAAUUCACACCAGAGAGAAGCCGUUCACAUGCCAAAACUGUGGAAAGAGUUUCGAUACAAAAGGAACCCUUAAUCAACACAUAACCAUUCAUUCAGGGAAGCCAUUCACAUGUGAUCAGUGUGGAAGGAGUUACAAAUAUGAAGAAAGCCUCAAGUCCCCCAUGAGAGUUCACACUGGAGAGAAGUCGUUUGCACGUGAUCUGUCUGGACAUGGUUACAAAUACAUUGAAACCCUUAAUUCCCACACGAAGAGUGAACAUUCAAGAGAGAAGGGUUUUGUGUGUCAUCAGUGUGGAGAGAGUUUCAGCUGUAAAGUAAGCCUCUACACUCAUGUGAGACUUCAUACUACAGAGAAGGCUUUCACCUGCAAACUGUGUGGGGAUAGCUUCUCACAAAAUGGAAAUCUUAAGUCACACAUGAGAAUUCACACUAGAGAGAAGCGAUUAGGGUGCACAGAGUUUCAGACGUAACCCUUGAGUCACACAUGAAAAGUCCUUACAACUGUAAACUCUGUAGGAUCAUAGAAACGUGUUAUUUACUACUAUAAAGUGACAUGACUGGGGAUGUUUUUUGGUACCAGAAAAUAUGC